AUGGGAAUAUACUUAUUUUCACUUUUUGGCUUACUAUGUGUGAAAGGCCAUAGUUUGGGUUUAGAUAGCAAUAAAAUUGGACAAUGUACGUAUAAAGGACAAGUAUAUAACGAUGGAGAAAUCAUCCCAAGUGAUCCGUGUCAGCCAAGGAAAUGCAUCAGUGGGUAUGUACCACUGGCGUUUGUAGACUGUAUAAAUCCACAAUGUGUAGACUUCGUCAUCAAAUCAGGUGAAUGCUGUGCAACCUGCCCUACAGGAAUGAAUUGCCGCCUACCUAAUGGAACUCUUAUGCCUGGAAAAGAAAUCAGAAUUAUGCCGGAUGGAAAAACGUGUAGAUGUGUUCAUACAUUUGGUUUUGGCAAGGAACCUCAUAACCCAGAUGCACUGUGUACAUUUUUAGACCGACAAAUUUCCAUGUAG